AUGGCGGAUCCUCCGCAUGUCCCAUAUCUCAAUCACCUCGUCUCUCUACCGGUCCUGUUAUUCUCCCAAGCUGAAGAAGCCGAUGACACCAAUUCCCUCAACGCCAUGAUCGAUGUGAUGAAGGUCACAGCACCAGACCUCAAACAUGGUCCACCGAACAUGAGACCGGCAGUGCAGUCCUUCUACGAUUUCGAAACGCCACUGUCGACCGCAAACGCCGCGGCGAUAGCGUCAGAGCUGGAGGAAGCAAGGCCCGACGGAUACGUGCAUCUUUUCCGGAAGCUGACCACCCAAGUCGUGCUGAACGUCAAGGCCGCCCUGGUCACUGAAGAGAUUGAAACCCGAGUGCCCUACCAGAACUUGGCAUUCUUUCUUGACACCUGCUACAACGAGCUUGGCAGAGAUGAAGAGCGCGAGGAUAUCAGGGAGGUGUUUCUUGGUGCAAUGACAGCCGUCAAGGCGAAGAACGACGUCGACCAUCGGGAGCACGUGACUCCCAAUGUUGCCCAUUUCUUGAAGGUUGAGGAAAGCGAUCCGGAAGCGAUUGGUGCGGGUAUGCGCAAGUUCCUCGAAGUUCUUGUCAUUCCGUUGGAUGGUGCCCUGCUAAGUUCGAUGGAGCGUUUCGGCUUCGUUCAACAGCACGCCAGCAUGUCCGACCUCAUCGACAAGGUCGCACGUCCAUCACCUGAUCAGGGCGGUUACAUGGCCAACAGGGACCAUCUACAGCUGCUGCGUAUGCUGAAACAGGGGGAGGACCCCAAGAGCAGUGUGAUGUCGUCCUUGCUGCGGAAGACCGCCUCUGGGCUGGAGGUAGCGCUUCGGGGCAACGUCUGGGAGGCUCAGCUCGUGAUCGGUCUGGCCAUCUUAGACUUCACGGAGAACGACGACUGA